AGACGUAUACAUUAUGUUGAUAUUUAAGUCUCGUGAUACACUUUUUAUUAUCACAAACUCUAGAUUUAUUCAUCAUAGUGUAGUCUCUUUUCAAAUGUGGUCAGAGUAAAUUAUGGCAACUACGAGCUAGAAAAUUGAAUUGAUAUUGGUGGAGCGAAUGCUGCGCUCACAGUACUCCCGCCCGUCGCCGCGCAUUGGGAAGACAUGGGAAAGUCAAGCAAGGCUCAAGCAAAAGAGCCAGAAGCAGUGAUGAGCGACGUGUCGGCCCAACGCAGCGGCCAUGGCGGUCAUGGAGGGCUCGGCGGUCACGGCGAGGGUCUGGGCAAGCUGUACGCGCCGCAGUUCCAGAGGCUGAAGAAAAGCGCUUGCUGCGCUAUUUGUUUUAGGAUAUUGUUCCUCGCUGUUGGGCUUCUUACUGUGCUACAAUCAAUAGCGGUGAUAGUUGUGUCGGUGACGUCAGCACUGGCCAUCAAGAUCUACAGUGACGACCUAUCGGGACGGCUGGUGGCCAUCGUGGUAAUGCUCGCCACCGCGACGAUAACCAUCUCCUUUGUCAUCUAUGGUUCAAUCGGCGCCGUCAGGAAGCAUAGGCGACCAGUGCAGUUGGCAAUCUCUGUGCUGGUCGUGAUAGCAGUGAUCCAAGCAGUGAUACUGAGCGUAUCUUUGAACGUGACGCCUGAGGAUGAAGUCAAACUGGGCCGCUUCCUCUCAGAUUCAUUCAAGCUGGCGCGUGAUGACAAUCCCAGACACGUGAAGAUCUGGGCACGGACACAGCAUGAUCUCAACUGCUGCGGCGUGUACUCUGCAGAAGAUUACCGGGCUCCAAACUUUCCGUCUUACUUCGCAGCGAAUGUCCCCAUCUCCUGUUGUCCCUCCUAUGACCCGGACAGGUCAGAACUCGUGCAGGAAAGAGAGAGAGAAUCCUGCAAAGCUAAAAAGGAAUACUACGAUAUUGGAUGUAGAAAUCUCAUCAUAAAUGUCUUCAAAGACACAUUGAAUACUUUAUUUGUUGUAUCUAUGUUCGCGAUUCUGCUAGAGAUAAUCCUCAUUAUAAUAGGAGCAAUUUUAGCACGAAAAGAUAAAGACAAGCUCACGAACCGAAAUGACGUUUCUCCGAUUGAUGAAGUGAUAACUACAGACAAGAAAGGAAAAGGCAAACCGUAGAUUAAAUGGUAUUGUGCCAUUUAAACUGCCUGACAAACAGCUAAUGAAUACAACGAAUUUAUUAUCAUA